ACAGAUCAUGUUUUUCUCUGACCAAUCAUAAGCGUCGGCAUCCAGUUUUUCCAGUUUAUAAGUCUGAGUGUAAACCAGUAUCUGGAGAAGAGAAUGAGAGAGGAACAUACGAUACAGUUUAAACAGACGAACUGGAGUCAACGCCAGGCCCUUCUCUACUUCUUUAAUUGUCAUUCAUUUCCAGGUCCAUUAUAGUAAUAAAGAUGGCCACAUCUGCCAGCUCCAGCCUGAGUAAAGCUGUUAAACAGCAGUACAUGGACCUUCCCCAGGGAGAUAAAGUUCAAGCCAUGUACAUUUGGAUUGAUGGAACAGGAGAAGGACUUCGGUGCAAAACCAGAACCUUGGAUUCUGAGCCCAAGACCAUUGAUGAUCUGCCUGAAUGGAACUUUGAUGGCUCCAGCACCUAUCAGUCUGAAGGAUCCAACAGUGACAUGUAUCUGAUCCCGUCUGCUAUGUUCAGAGAUCCCUUCCGCAAAGACCCCAACAAGCUGGUCUUGUGUGAAGUGCUAAAGUACAACCACAAGCCUGCAGAGACUAAUCUUCGAAUGACUUGUAAAAAGAUUAUGGACAUGGUGAAAGAUCAGCAUCCAUGGUUUGGCAUGGAGCAGGAAUACACUAUCCUGGGAGUGGAUGGGCAUCCAUAUGGCUGGCCCUCCAAUGGCUUCCCUGGUCCGCAAGGUCCAUACUACUGUGGAGUAGGGGCAGAUAAGGCCUAUGGUAGAGAUAUUGUGGAGGCUCACUACAAAGCUUGCCUGUAUGCUGGGGUGCAGAUCUGUGGUACAAACGCUGAGGUCAUGCCUGCACAGUGGGAGUUUCAGGUAGGCCCUUGUGAAGGCAUCAACAUGGGAGACCACUUGUGGGUCGCGCGUUUCAUCCUGCACCGAGUCUGUGAGGACUUUGGUGUGGUGGCCUCAUUUGACCCCAAGCCCAUUCCAGGCAACUGGAAUGGUGCCGGCUGCCAUACAAACUUCAGCACCAAGGAGAUGCGGGAAGAGGAAGGACUGAAAUUCAUUGAGGAGUCCAUCGAGAAGCUGAGCAGGAGGCAUCGCUACCACAUCCGUGCCUAUGACCCCAAAGGGGGGCUGGACAAUGCCAGGCGUCUGACUGGCCACCACGAAACCUCAAACAUCCACGAGUUCUCUGCUGGCGUGGCCAAUCGCGGGGCCAGCAUCCGCAUCCCACGCUCUGUGGGCCAGGAUAAGAAGGGCUACUUUGAAGAUCGCCGUCCCUCUGCCAACUGUGACCCUUACGCUGUGACGGAAGCCUUGAUUCGCACAUGUCUGCUUAAUGAGGAAGGGGAAGAACCUGAGGAGUACAAGAACUAAACUUCUUCACACCCACUUCCAUGGUCGUCAAUUGGUACUGUAACGCUUGUUUGGUUCACUUGAAAUCUUGUAUGUCCAGUGGCAAGUUGACUGUUCAGCACAAUACUAGGAGUGAAAUUUGAUCAAACUGAGACCAGGUGGAAGUUGAGCUGAGAUGGGUGGGUGGCUUGACAGUAUUGCCUGUCCUGAUUUGUUAGAGAGUGAAGAUUUAUUUCAGUUCCCCACAUCUGUGUAACUAUCCAUGGUUAAGUGACUAAAAUUAAUCUAAAGGUGUAGACAGGAGUUUACAACUGAGGUGAUUUACGGGCAGAGGUUAGAUUUCUCUUGAUUCAGCUCAGAUGAUUAGUUAUGUAUUCAUUUAUUUGACCUGCUAUUCAAGCAUGUACUGUUAUAACAUGUUUAACUAACCAGAAAGUGUACAUUUUUGUAAAUGGCAACUUCUGUUAUUAAAUAGUCCAUUUGGAUUUUCCGCACUGGUUCAUGUUGUAUGGUAUGUCUAAGGUGAGGGUCCAAAUGCAUUUGAGUGUUUAAUAUACAUGUGGAUCCCUUUGUCUGCCAUGUGUAGAAUUCAUGAAGGACUCAAUACCUUUUGCGUCUUGCUGUCUAGCUUUAUAAUAUAGUUUUAUGGCACCGGUUUUGGUAAUUCCUUAAAUUACUAAGCCUGGUGAUUUUUAUUGAAGCAUUAAAACAUUUUGUUAUAUUUUUACCACAAUUAUUGUCUUGGGUUU